GUCGUGUGUGCGGACACGUGGGGGCAGCAGUGAGCGCACAGCUUGGCGCAGCAGCUACGGCGAAGAAGACCCUGCUCUCACAUUUACUUGGACAUGCUACAUACACAGCACGUGAUUUGAAACCUUGUGCGUGCUGUGAUCAUGGAGGCAGAUGAGAUGGAGAUGAGCAAAGAGGAGCUCCAAAAGUGGAUCAAAGAGAAUGUAAAGAAGAACAAGCUGAUCUCCUCAGAUGUGCAAGAGAAAUGCAUUCUGCUUCAAUCUCAGCUGGAAUGGAGGGAGAAGCAGGCUGCCGACCUCCUGAAGCUCUGCAAGUCCGUGUCAACUUGUGAAGCGAUUGUGAAGAAACAAUACUCUUUGCUCGGGUGGGAAUACAGAGACACAGAUUCUGAUGAUGACGAUAAUAUAACAAGCUGUGGAAAUACAUCCCCCAGCUCUUCACAUGCUAAUGGCCCUACUCCUCUGUCACCAAAGCUACCGGACAGCAACACACUCCACACAAAUAAUGACAAGAGAGAACCAGUGGUGGUGUUGACCAGACUUUCUGCAUGCCAGAUCAGAUCUUUAAGUUCUUGCAGGCCUCAGAAUCGCCACAGUGAAGAUGAAUCUUCAAACUAUUCUGAUUCUGAUAAGCAGUGGGAACCACAAGGAGACUCGAGUGAUUCGGAUUCUUCGAUCUUAAGUGAUAAGACUGGGUUAAACAAGAGGAGAAAAAUACAUCAUAAGGAUCAAACUCUUGCUAAGAGUAAAGGAAUACCACAAGCUAGCACAAAUCAGUAUCUGUGCACUAGUGCGAAGAGCAGCGAAGAAAUCACAUCAACACCCCAAGAGAUGGCCAAGACCGAUGCUAAGAGCAACGUCAUGAAAACAUCAACACCGCCAGCAAAAAGUGACGGAGUGAGCCCUGUGAGUACAGUAAAGACUCCUAGCCAAACUUCUGACAAAGUUACCAAGACGCCUCCAAGCAAGCUGCUAGAAGAGCUCAAGGUGAACAUGACUGUCCUGGCCAGAAGCAGGGCCAUAAACUGGCAGCCCGGGAAAAUUGUAGAAAUGGUAACAAAAGAAGAUGGUAGGCUGAAAUACAAGAUCAAUUUCAUGAACAAAAAGAAGAGCCUCCUCUCUGGUCACCACAUCGCGUUUGACUACAUGCCAAAGGUGAACACGCUGUUUGUCGGCGCUCGUGUUGUCAUCAAGUAUGAAGCUGAGGAGGACCGGUUCUGCCCUGCCUUCCUGGCAGAGCUCCCCAGCAGAAGAAACCGCAUGAGAUUCCUGGUCUUUAUUGAUGAUCACACUCCGGUCUAUGUUGGCUUACCUUCACUUCAUCUGGUAUGCAAACCAUUGGCAGACCCUUUGGACGAUAUCCCAGAUGGCACCCACAAGAGUUUCAUGCAGGACUAUUUAAAGGCCUGGCCCUACCCACCCCAGACGCAGUACAGGGUUGGAGUGACAAUUAAUGUCAAAUUUCAUGGAGUCAUGCAGAAGUGUGAGGUGCAGGUGGUCGACUGCAGCUUGAUGCAAGUUCUUGUUUUGAAAGAUAAACGUGAGGCGUGGAUCUACCGAGGCUCCACAUGCUUGGAACAUAUAAUUAACCUGAGGGAGUCACAAAAGAAGGAGCAGAAGCAGAAGAAUAAAUCAACGACUGUCGCUGAAUCAUCAAAGUCAGCACGCUGAUGGGACCAUGAAUGUGCUAAGAGAACCUUUUCCAAGAUGGCGCACCGUGAAUUCAGUGAGAAGUGCUCACCAAGUAACACUGAAAAGCCCCUGCUGCUCCUGUGUUGCAAUCGCCUCUGAAGAAAAUCCCUCAGAUCGGACAUGCUCAAUAUUUGUAUAUCAGAUCCCGUCACUGUGGAGCAUCUUUGUGUGUUCCAGACGACCAGCCUUGAAGCCCAACACUUUUGCCGCGUGCCGCAACAGCACCACAGAGUUUACCUUUUUAGAGUUGCUGACAUUUCUUUAAACGGUCUUGAAAUCAUUAUUUUAUGUAUUUGUAUUGUAGUUGUUGUAUUAUUAAAUAAAAAGAAAUGAAUUUCCA